AUGAACAUCAAUGAUUUUGUAAUACUCCCAGGCUCAAAACCUGGAACCUCAGUGAGAUUAAAAGCAAAAACUGUCAGAGAAUUGCAGUUGGAGAAACUGCAGUUAGAAACAGAAAACAAAGAGAUGGAGAAGAAGUUACGGCAACUACAGUCAAACAUGAGCAGAGAAAAAGAAGAGAGAAAGAAAUCAAGUGCUUAUCAUUGGAAAUUUGGACAGGCAGGACCAAUGACCAUCCAAGCCCGAGUUUUGUCACAAAGCAAAGAAAAAAAUAAUAAGGUUUCUCCAGGAAAAGUGAAGUUGCAAAUACUCAAAGAACAGAUUCAAGAGCCAGUGAAAGAAACAUUUAAACAUGAAAUGGCAAAUGCUGUAGCUCAUGAAAAAUCUAAAGUGAAGGGGAAGGCAUGUGGACUACGUGAAAUUAAGAGUGCACUGCUGACAGAAGCUGAUAUACAUGUUGGAAAAUUGGAAGUCAUUGAUCACUUCAUCAAGGAAGUAAAUCUGAAUGAAUUGAAAAUUAAUCAUGUGCAGAAGAAAGUAAACAGCAAGCAUCAGGUCACAUCAGACAAGUUUUCAUCUCUCCUAACAUCAGUAGGCAGUGCUAAGGAACUGUCCUCAGAAUCAGCCUGUACAGGCCUUGAAAAUCAGGACAAAAGAUUAUUACUAAAUGGUGUAUUUAAUGAGGAGGAAUCUGCAAAGUCUUUUCAGGAAGCUUUGCUUCAAUGGAGAAAAGGUAAUCGUGAUCACAGAGAACAACUCUGUGCCAGUGGGGUCCUAUCAGAAUCUGUGGGAAUUUGUGAGGUACAGACCAAUCUUACUGUUAUGAAAGAACCUAUCCAAAUUGAAUUCAAGAAGGAUGGCCUGAGCUACUUGGAGAAACUCUUGCUUAAGAAAUACAGAAGAACUCCUGUUGAUCAAAUUUCUGGUAGUUGCAUUAAAGAUUUAAGGCCUGUGCAAACACAUCAGGCUGUGAUUGCAGGAGGGGGAGAAGGAGAUGAUGAUGUCGAUGACUUAACAGUUGAAGAGGUGAAGAGAUAUUGGAUAGCUGUUUUUAGAGAGGAAGUACCCAACACUAUUUCUGAAAGUGCUGAGUCCUCUUUGAAAAUUGAGUUCCUUGAUGAUUCUUAUGGCAAGGACUUGGAAGAAUCAUCUAACUUUUUGGUGAUGGAAGCUGAGGCUAUGGGAAUGAAUAAGCAAGGAAAAACUGAACUACUCAAGCAGUGUGGAAGAAAUCCUAUUUCUUCUAAAGAAAUUUCUCAAGAAAAAAUGGUUGUCUGCAGUCUUGAAAGAAAUGCAGUGCAAAAGGAGAGUAUUAAACUAAAGACUAUGAGAAGGUCACUUAGCUCCUGUAAAGUACCUGAGAAGAUUUCUAAUCCUACUGAACUAAUAGGCAACAAGUAUCUCCUUGAGACACAACUGCAGAAAAACAAUAAAGAUUCACAAGAACUGGACAGUGUCUGCAGUAGCCAGAGUUUGGUUUUGCCUACAAUUACGAAGUCUUCAGUGUUACAGGAUGUAGCCAGAAGACAGAAAUCUGUUUCUACAUGGUAUCGGGGACUUGAAGGUUUCUUUGUUGUAGGUGCAAACCCUAAACAAGUAAUGCUUGAAGUACGUUCUUCACUGUGUGAUGACUCUAGCCCUAUGGACAGUAGUAUCCUGUUUCCAGGUAAUGGAGAUGGAAAGUGGGUUACUGAAAGGAGCUUAAGUGAAUAUGCUGAUGACUCUGUAGUUCAAGGUGUCUUAGAAAGUCAGUUGAAUAGACCUUCAGGUGAUUUGGAGACUCAAAAUAGAAUUUCUCCCCUCAUGGUGGCGUGGAGGUCAUACCCAGGGAACGAUUCUAGAAGACCUUGGUCAACAAAUACACUAUGCUGUGAACUGACUGGAAAUUGUGUAACAAACAGGCAGCCAAGACCAAAGAGUUCACCUAUGCAUGUAUUUAGAGUUGAUACUGGUAUAUCAAAACACAAGUGCCUUGAUGUAACUAAACAAGAUGAGUAUCUCUGGGAAUAUAUUGCUGACCAAGAAGCCCUACUUACUCUGGAAAAAGAAUUACAAAGUUACACAGGUCCUGAAAAAUAUUACAGCUUAACUUCUGAAGAUGUAACCUCGUCCAGCAGACACUCAGAGAAGAUAUGUGGAAAUAUUAUAGAUGUCCAUAAAAACCUCGAGCUAAAAGACCACAGCAGAGUUGAUACUCUCAGGGGCUGGGAUGAAAGCCAAAUGGAUGAUGAGGAAGAAAUUCUGGAGGAUAAGCAACAGGUUCUUGCAUUACAGUGA